AUGGCACGACCCUCUUCCUCCUCUUCCCAUCUCUUGUUUGAACAUUUUGACCCUGAAUUCGAGUUGGGUACCUUGGACGAUCAAGGACGACCGAUUCGACCACGAAAAAAACCAGGACGAAAACCCAACCCACCCACGCCUGCUCAGCGCAAGGCCCAGAACCGAGCUGCACAACGUGCUUUUCGAGAAAGAAAACGGCAAGCCAUGAAAGAGGCCGAAGCCACGAUCAAACACUAUGCUUUUAUGCGCGACCAAGCGUAUCGUGAAAUACGUCGAUUGAAGCAAAGAUUAAAAGAAUUAGAAUUCGAAUGCAAUUAUUUAAAGGGUUACACGUUGGCUCUGAAAAUGGCAUGUAUUGCGAAUCGUGUCGAAUUGCCAGAGUUUUGGCAAAAGCAAAAGUUAAAAAGACAUCCGUUAGGGAAGCAACAGCAGCAUGGCACCGAAAUACCCAGCAUAUUUGAUUUUUUCCUAGACCAAGAGACACAUAUCAUUGCUAUAGAUCAACCCAUGGAGAAACAUACAUUACAACAACAACAACAACAACAACAGCAGCAGCAGCAGCAGCAAGAUAAAAACAGUCCGUAUGAUCUGCCUCAUGAGAGGGUCUUGGAUGCUUUAUCGUCUGUCACGACCUCAUCCGAUACUUCUUCCUGCCACUCUUCUUUAUCGGAAGACGACGCGUUCAUAGUAGCAAAAGACAACCACCCUGCUUCGAAAAACUUGCUUGACGAAUUAUGGCCGUCCUUUUUGGAUACGAAUACUACUACUGCUGCUGCUGCUACUGCGUCUGCUGAGAACCCACUUCAACAGCAAGCCCACUUUUCUUUCGACCGUCUCGCUAGCACCAGCACCAGCACCAGCACAGCGGCUGUCCAAACCAACCCCUUUGACCUACUCUUAUCGACAUCCAUUUCAUCCAUUGCACCUCAGUUAGCAAGCCAUUUAGAGACACCCUUCUUGCAAGAGAUCAUUCAAACAGACUUGAUUUCUCAGCUUUUAUCAAAAGCACCCCCCUCUUCCUCUGCAUCCUCCUCGUCCUCCCUAUCACCACCGCCGCAGCCACCCCACGAGGACGAUCAUGCGAUGGAGAUGUGUGAUGCCAACAGCCACCCUUCUUCCUUAUCGCUCUUUCCUCCCACCACUCAUCCUACUACUUCCUUACACGCGCCCUCCACGUAUGACGAUCCAAGGGUAGGCUCACUCCCCUUCCCCCAUGCCUCUUCUUCCAUGUCCAUCGACCCCAUAGCAACAACACCAUCCACUGCAGCCAAGACAAGGGUGGGGAAGCGAUCGUUAGAGCAAACGAUGACCCUAUGGAACGAUCGGGUGGGUACGCCUGACACAACGACUUCCAUAGGAGAAGAAGAAGAGGAGGAGGAGGAGACGUGGAUCGACCCAAGAACAGGCGUAGAACGUACAGUGACGACCGACAUGGACAGAGAGACGAUCGCUGCUGGGUUGGACCCGUCCUUGGCAUCGACAGCGACGACACUGCUUUCCAGCGUCACCAACGUCAUUCCAUGCCAUCGCGGCGACCCUAGCCAAACCAUCGUAUUCCCACCCAUGACCGCUUUAGAAGCGAUGGAGCACAUUCGAGCUGUAAAGCAACUCAAUGGCUCCUCCGCACGAGCCUUGUUUUCACCCACUGAAUUACAAAAGAACAUCCGUCAUGAUGCGCGUAUUGACGUGGUGCCUGGUGCCUCUAUUCGCGACCAUAUGAUUCUCUUUCAAGACUUUUACAAUGCGAAUGAACUCUUUGACUACCUCGCCACGCAUGCUGUUUUUCUGGGAGGAGAGCAUCUGGGUAACAUGGAUGCAUGGUUCGUGCCACCUACUUUUUUCGUGAAAUACUGGUUUCUGUGCCCCAAUCAAAAGGUGGAUCGAUUGGAUGAUGCGGUUGACAUCAUGGUGGAUCUGGGAAAAAAGGUAGUGCAAUGGAUGGAAGCGACGCAAACGUCAAAAGGGGGGGAAUCCUCUACGACGGCAAGGGAAGAAGAAACAGAGGCGGGUGAUCGUCCUAGCCAACCCAAAGACAAAGGAGAUGCAGCAGCAACCACAGAUCCACAGGCGGCAGAAGAGCCAACCUUCAAAAGUCAGACAGACCAUCAUCAGCUAUUAGAUGCAUUGCUUUGCCAACAGCAGCAGCAGCAGGCGCUGCAGCCAGCAGAGGAAUUUUCAAUAGAUCAGUUUUUGAUGGAUGAAGAUCUAUUGCCUCUGGCCCACUGA